GGCUGGACUGUGAUAGCGACAGAUGUCGAGAAAACCGUGAGGGGCUCCACUACUCGGUUACUACACAGUCCCAGGCUGCACCUCGGAGGGAGAGCAGGGGCGGAAUCUGCAGCUGUCACUCCAGAAGAGUUUUUUUUUUCACCUCCAUUAUCACAUCCAGACGGAGACUAGGGGGAAAAAAAGAAGCUUCCAACUGAGCACUCUCUAGAAAUACAGGAGCCAUCAUGGGAGGCAAACUGAGCAAGAAAAAGAAAGGAUAUGAUGUGAGCGACCCCAAAGACAGGAAGGAUGAGACCGCAGCAACAACUACUACUGCUGCAGAGGAGCCCGCUAAAGUGGAAGAUGGAGCCCCACCCACAGGAGCAGACAAAGUGGUGGUGGAGGAAACUGCUGCGUCAAUAGUGGCCGCGGAAACUGAAGCGGUCAAAGCUGCAGAAGAACCCAAAUCCGCACCUCCAGAAGAACCGGCUCCUGCAGCUGCAGUGGAGGCUGCUCAAGAACAGGAAUCCGCAGCAGUGGAGGCAGCUCCGGUUGCAGAGGAACCAGCUGCAGCAGAACCAGUGGAACCAGCUGCAGCAUCGAAAGAACCAGCUGUAGCAGCAGUGGAGGCUACUCCGGUUGCAGAGGAACCACCUGCAGCACCAGUGGAAACAGCUCCAGUUGCAGAGGAACCACCUGCAGCAGCAGUGGAGGCUGCUCCAGUUGUAAAAGAAGCAGUUGCAGAGGCAGAGAAACCUGCUCCAGAAAUAGAAGAGCCAGUGGUUGCAGCAGAGGAAUCUGCUCCAGUAGCAGAAGAACCUGUGCCAGUUGUGGCUAAACCUGAGCCUGCACCCGAAGAACCAAUUGUAGAAGAACAAGUUGCAGCCGUAGAAUCUGUGCCAGAACCAGAGGUUACCAAACAAGAGGCAGCACCUGAGGCCCUAGAGCCAGAGCCCAUCCCUGUGACUGUUACUGAGCCUGAAGCCACUGUGGAGGAAACAGUGGUGCCGCCUGCUGCCGAACCCGAGACCGAGGCGGUGGCUGAGCCCGAACCAGUGCAGGAGCUAGCUGCAGAACCAUCUCAAACCCUCGAGGCUGAGCCUGAGCUUGCAGCAGACACUAAGGAGGAGCCAGAACAAGUACCAGAGCCAGAACUAAAAGAGGAACAACAGCCAGAGUCAGUGGAAGCCACUGGACCGGAGCCCGAACAAGAGCAAGUCUCAGAGCCGGAGCUAGAACAACCACCAGAGCCAGAACAGCAGCAAGCAGAUCAGCCAGAGCCUGAGCAAAAGGCAGCGGCAGUGGAACCUGCAGCGGAGGAAGAAGUGGAAGAAACUCAACCAGAAUCAAUUGCAGCCACAUCUGAUGUUACUGAACUUGAGACUGUGGAAGCAGAAGCCUCGGCGGUCUCGGAGGCUGCAGCAGUAGAAGUCCCCGCUGAAAAUGAACCUGCGAAAGAGGAGGAAGAGUCUAACACUGAAGCUGCAGGUGAGCCAGGAGCAUCAGAAUCGGUCCCUGAGAUUGUCAUCUCAGAGUCCACCUCUGCCGGCAAAAUCGCUGCAGAACCUGCGGAGGAGGUGCCGAGCCCAGAGCCGGAGGCGGAAACCAAGCUGGAAAACGGAGACGUGGAGAACCCUUCGGUUACAAAUGAUGUGGCAGAGGUUGAUGCACUUCCAGCUGUGAACGGAGAGUGCAGAGGUCCCGAUGACGCCACACAGGCGGAGGUAUGUGUUAAUGGGAAUGAAAAACCAGAGGAGACACCUAUCAAGGAGCAGAAUGACUUUGAACUGAAAAAGGACAUGAGUGGGGAUGUCCCGGAAGUUCCCGACGCAGUCGCAGACAUGGUGGAGGCUCUCGGCACUGAGGUCACCCAGGCAGUCUGAAAAGAAGCCAUAUUUAACCAGUGUGAAAUCAGUUCGAUCCCCAGACGGUGCAAGAAAGCAAUCAAGGUUAUCCCGAACACAGUCAGGCUUUCUGGAAAGCUGUAACCACUGCAAUGUCUUUAGUGGUAACUCAGGCUAAAGGAUGCUUCCUCUUGAGUAACCAAAAAGAAAAACCUCUUAAAGGUAGAAAGAGUCAGACAGACAGGCAGAGAUUGAUGGCAAGUGAAAUGGAAGCAAAGGAAACAAGAUUUGAGAUUGGAUUUGAGUGCAGACAGACAGAGAAGCUGGAAAAGCAUGACAAAAAAAAAAAAAAAAGUAAAUAAGAUAAAAUACCAGACAGCGAAUGCGACAUUAACGAAUGAAAUAAAUAAAUCUGUCUGUGCGAGAGGUCGAUGAAUAAUACAAAGCGGUUUAUUGGAAAAGCAUUCAUCAGUAGUAUAUGACUUGAUUUAGAAUUUCAUAUAUCCUUUCUAUUAUUAUAUAUAUGCAGAGACAUGACAUCAGUGUUUUGGCCUUUUAUAAUAAUGGACUGUUAAUUUUAAACUGAUUGUUCAGAAUAGAGAAUAAAAAGAGAUUGUUAUAGUC